UCCCCGCAGCCGAGCGCCCAGCCUGAGCCCCGGGCAGCGCGCGGUCCACGCAGCCCGGUUCCCUCCAGUCUUUCUCACCUGGUCACUCCCGAAGACACAGAUUUACAGAAUGAGUGAACUGGAACAGUUGAGGCAGGAGGCCGAACAGCUGCGCAACCAGAUCCAGGAUGCUAGGAAAGCCUGUAAUGAUACAACGCUUGUUCAGAUUACUUCGAACAUGGACUCCGUGGGACGGAUACAGAUGCGAACGAGACGCACACUGCGAGGCCACCUCGCUAAGAUCUACGCCAUGCACUGGGGCCGGGACUCAAGGCUACUAGUCAGUGCUUCACAAGAUGGAAAGUUAAUCAUUUGGGAUAGCUAUACGACCAAUAAGAUGCAUGCCAUCCCGCUGAGAUCCUCCUGGGUGAUGACUUGUGCGUACGCUCCCUCCGGGAACUACGUCGCCUGCGGGGGCUUAGACAACAUCUGCUCAAUAUACAACCUGAAGACCAGAGAGGGCAACGUGCGGGUGAGCCGGGAGCUGCCGGGCCACACAGGCUAUUUGUCUUGCUGCCGCUUCAUAGAUGACAGCCAAAUCAUAACCAGCUCAGGAGACACAACUUGUGCUUUGUGGGACAUUGAAACUGCACAGCCAACCACCACCUUCACAGGACACUCUGGGGAUGUGAUGAGCCUCUCCCUGGGUCCCGACGCACGGACCUUCGUUUCUGGGGCUUGCGAUGCGUCUUCCAAACUGUGGGAUGUUCGAGAUGGAAUGUGCAGACAGUCCUUCACGGGUCACGUCUCAGACAUCAACGCCGUCACUUUUUUCCCCAAUGGGUAUGCCUUUGCCACCGGCUCUGACGAUGCCACUUGCCGGCUCUUUGACCUCCGGGCAGACCAGGAGUUACUGAUGUAUUCUCACGACAACAUAAUCUGUGGAAUCACUUCCGUUGCCUUCUCCAAAAGUGGGCGCCUGCUGCUGGCCGGUUACGACGACUUCAAUUGCAAUGUGUGGGACACCCUGAAAGGAGACCGCGCAGGUGUUCUUGCUGGUCAUGACAACCGGGUCAGCUGCUUGGGUGUAACCGAUGAUGGCAUGGCUGUGGCUACAGGCUCUUGGGACAGUUUUCUCAGAAUCUGGAAUUAAAGGUGUCGGUGCAUAUUUUCCAUUCUCCACUGAAAUCUGGGGAAAUCAACGCUACAGCCUAUAGCUGUGAAAAAAAAAAAAAUCUACUUUGCAGAUGAAGAUUUUUCUAUUGCAAUUAUAUACAAAA